CUUCAAUCACGAGCCAUAACACCCAAAAUGGAAGGCCAAGAUAUUCUCAUCGUCGGCGCCGGCAUCUUUGGGAUCAGCACUGCCUAUCAUCUAGCACUCAGGAACCGUUACAGUCCCAAUUCCGUUCGUAUCACCAUUUUAGACCGCGAGACUGCUCCAUCUUACCCCGCCGCAUCAACAGAUGUCAACAAGAUCAUCCGCGCAGACUACUCGAGCCCUUUGUAUAUGUCUCUGGGAUUUGAAGCUAUUGCAGCAUGGCAGAGUCUGCCAUUUUUUAGGCAUGCGGGUGUUUUUCACCAGACUGGAUGGAUUGCUAUGGAUGACAAGGACAGUGAUGUACCACAACGUGUUCGAAAGAAUUUCCUCGAUACCAGUUCUGAAGGCGUGAUUGUGGAAAUGACCGAAGAAGAGGUAAAAGACUGUUGGGGCGGACUGCUUCAGAGAACGGAUUGCAGUCCAUUCGGGUCCUACUAUUUCAACCCCUCUUCGGGUUGGGCAGAUGCCGGGAGAGCUUUGGCAGUUAUGACUGAAGAAGCUGUGAAACUGAGUGUGAAGUAUGAGAUUGGCGAGGCACGCAGGAUUGUCCGUGGAGAGAAUGGAGCUCAAGCGGUUGAAACCGAUACCGGGGCCCUGUUCAAAGCAGACAAGAUUUUGCUGGCAACAGGAGCUUGGACUAGCCAACUGAUGUCUUCUAUUGAAGAUGAGCUGGACCUGCCUGAGGAAGCGCGGGUGGAGCGCCAGGCCUCUGCGGCUGGGGUUUGCGUUGCGCAUUUUCAGCUCACAGAAGCGGAGAAAGAGGCGUAUUCGAAGUUACCAGUGUUUGUAUACGGUGGUCAAGGCGAAGUGAUUCCACCGACGGAUGCGGGAAUCCUUAAGUUCACUUUUGCGACAUCGGUCAAGAAUAUAAUCCAGACUGCUUCUGGCCAUGAGAUUUCUGUCCCUGUCUUGGACCAAACGAAUGCUCCACCUGGUCUUCAGGAAGACUCAAUAAACCUGAUUAAGCCGCGUUUGCCGCAGGUUCUAGAUGGUGGCCGUAAGCCAGAUUCUUAUCGAAUGUGCUGGGACUCUAUCACCCCAGAUCAGCAGCCGCUGAUCGCUCGACACCCCGAUUCCAGACUGUCAAACCUGUACUUCGCUGUUGGGGGGUCAUUCCAUUGUUAUAAGUUUCUCCCAACGAUUGGACAGUACGUGGCCAACGUGUUGGAUGGGGUUAGCAACGGACCCGAGAAGGACCAAGCGUGGAGGUGGAAGCCAAUCCACGACAGCAAUGGGGGCAUACAUGAAAAGUUGGUUCCAACGAGACUAUUCCAUGACUUUGCAUGA